CCUUGGGCUUCAUUCGUGAGACAGCUGGCCUUGGGCCAAGAAAGCGCUGGCCAUGGUGCCAUGGUGGACAAGCAGCGGCGGUGCCGGCAGCAGCUCGCCCGAGCUGCGGAGGCGCGGAACUGGCAGCAGGCGCUGGCAGUGCUGCAGUCCAUGCGGGCGCAGCACCUCGAGCCCAAGGAGCUCUGCCACAGCUUCGCUUUGGAAGCCUUGCAGCAAGCUUCGCGCUGGAUCCGCGCGCUUUGGAUGCUCUCAUCUAUGCGGCAGUGGCCAGCGGCUUUCUUGCCACCAGGAAAUUGGGAUGCAGCCGAUCCUAUCCCAGCUGUGCGGCCAGCGGGGCCGGGGGCUUGGGCCCAGCUUCCUCAUGUCCGGCGUGAAGGCCUGUGAGAAGGGCUCGCAGUGGGCCUUGGCGCUGGCGUUGCUGCUGGAGGCAGAGAGGUCUGGGCGGCCCUUGGGCGCCCAGGGCACGCAGUUCCUGUUGCGCUGCUGUGCUCGCGCCAGUGCCUGGCAGAGGGCCUUAAACCUGGCAGCCAGUGCCAACGUAGCAGGUCGGGCUCACACGGUGGACUCCUGCAACCGCGCAGGUCAAGCCUUUCGAGCUCCUUUGCGCUCUUUUGGAGUGUCUUCUGCGCGGCCGUUGGAUGAGAGCGCCAGGGUCAUAGGGCUCUUCUUCGACUUUGCCCUGGUGCCACCCAGCACGACGCCGCUGACGUGUGCCGUGCUGCGCCUGCUGCUGCCUUUGCGCCGCCGCCCGCCUCGCCUUGCGAGCUGGCGAGCCUCCGCCCUGGAGGAUGUCUUCAAGUUCGGGCCAGCCAUGGCGAGAACUUGGCUGGACGCUGUUGCGCUGAGAGGACGC